CCUGUGCCCCUUCCUCUCCGAGCUGAGUAUAAAGCCCCAGCUUCCCUCUACCUGCUCCGCUGGCCAUGCUGCUUUCCAGCCCCAGCCUCUCGGCUUCAGGCAGCAGGCGGUCCCCGCACCGCCGAUGGAGCUGGGCUCCCGGGGGCCUUGGGCAGUGGGAUGCACCGGCCGAGGCGCCCCGGAGUGUGGCUCCCGCUCCAAGCACCAGCCUCCACUUCUACGUGCUCUGGUCGCUCCAGGAGCCGCCCCGGCAGCUCAGCAGCAAAUCCAGCCAGAUGUGUUACCAGAUUCAGCUGCCUCUGCCUUUGCCAAAACAACUUGUAGUCUUUGGUUUGGGUGACUGGAAUUGUUAUUCCCAAAACACAAGCAUCACUGUGGAGGUGCUGGUGAAUCCAGAUGUCAAGCCACAAAGGAUUGGCAAAUUGGGGUCUGAUGUGAGGUCCCUUGUGUGGGAAGGUGACUGGAGGGUGGACAUUCUGAUGGCUUCGUUGAAACAGAAGGAUUGUGGCAACCCUGUUAAACUUCUCCUGACUGUCAAUGGGCAGCUGCUCAAGGGCAUCUACAACAGCACCCCCACUCGCCCAUUUCUGGCACCGGAGCCCACACAGUCACCAGUCCUCCCGGAAGAUACCAUGUCCCCCAUCCAGGUCUUGGACGAUACCACUGAGGUUAAACGUCAGAGUUUGGAGGCAACUGCCAGAGCACAAAGGACCAGAAGUAAGGAUUUAUCUCCACUGCCAAAAAAGCUGUUGAUGCCCUUUGCUCCAGAGUCACCCACUGGCCAGAAGGCACCCAAGGAGGCCAGGAGGAAAAUCUGCAAGCCUAGACCUAUCCAGCUAAAGAAGCCUAGGAAAGUCUUGUUUGAGCCCAGGGCAUGUGAAGGGGAGCAGGAUGCUGAAGACUUGGAGGUGAAGGAACUGCAAGUCUGUCCGAGCCCACGAUGGUGUCACGCCAUGUGCCUCAGUGACUCAGAAACAGCCAUUUUGAUUGGUGGAGAGGGAGCCAAUCAACAGCCUUGCAAGGAUGCUCUCUGGAAACUAGAGAUUGACAAUGAUUUCUGGUUCCCCGUGGAUCUGCCACCACUGGGUUCUGUGCCGCCCUGCUCAAGUGGUCACACCGCCACCUACGACCUGGACACCAAACGGAUCUAUGUCUUUGGGGGCAUGAAGGAGGGCAAGCCCUACAGCACCAUCUACAUCCUGGACACAGCCACCUGGAAGUGGCUUCUCGUGGCUGCCAGGGGGAAGGUGCCGACACUGGCCUACCACAGCGCCACCAUCUACCGCAAGGAGCUUUUUAUCUUUGGAGGGACUUUCCCCAAGAUGGCAUCCCUGGAGUCCAGGGCCUGCAGCAACACACUCUAUGUCUUCAACCCUGAGUACAAGAUUUGGUACCAGCCCAUUGUGGAGGGAGAGAAGCCCUUACCUCGGCUUGGCCAUUCAGCCACUCUGCUGAGGAACAAGCUCGUGAUCUUUGGGGGUCAGAGGACCCCUUUGUACCUGAAUGAUGUGCACAUCCUGGAUCUGGGUUACAUGGAGUAUGUGCCGGUCCCAUGUCUUUCAGGACAGCCUUCUUCGCGCUGCUUCCAUGCUGCAAUGCCAGUGUCUGACCAGAAGGUCCUGAUCAGUGGGGGCUGCAAUGCCAAGGGAGCCCUGCAGGAUGUAUUCACCUUUCACCUUGACACUUUUGCAUGGAGCACAGUGACACACAGUCACCUCUCCUUGGUGCCCCGGGCUGGCCACACGCUGCUCAAUCUCACAGCUGCUCACCUGACAGAUGUGGACAAGGAGAGCCAGGGCAAGUGCAGCCUGUGCACUGUGCUGGUUUUUGGUGGCUCCGACUGUGCUGGGACCUUCUACAAUUGCACAAGCAAAAUCCAGCUGGACCUAGAGGAGACCCAGCCCAGGACAGCAGGGUUCUGUCAUGGUAGAUAGAGACACAUGGAUAGACAGUGGGUGGCAAUAAAUGAAUCAAAGCAAAGAGGUGAACAAAGUCUCUGCAUGUAGGUGAAAUCUGCCUCACUUUUGGAAUGUAUCCCUGAAAUCUGCGGGCCCAUUGACAUGCAGCCUGAGGACGGCACAAAUCUCCAGCCUCACGCUUGCUUGGUGCCU